AGACCUCAAAGAUCGUUUAAAUGGAUGAUUUUCAAACGCCAAAUCUGACCGCUCCAGAUAAAGAUCUAUUGUUCACGGUUGCUAUGGUUUCUGUAGAUUAGGAUUUAUUGUUGUUGAGCUCACUGAAAACGUCGUUAUAAAUUUUAGAACUUAUCUCGUCCUAAUUAUGCAUUCUUUCAUAUGGAAUGAGAAGUUUUGGCUUCCACCCAACGUAACAUGGGACUUAAUGAAAGAAAUAAAUUUAGCUGGUGUUUCACCAUCACUAACAAAAUCUAUGGAUUGCCUUUAUGCGGUAGCUGUUCUUACGGCUAUUCGUUAUUAUUUGAAAGAGUCUGUUUUCAUUCCUCAUGGUCUUUCACUGGGUUUGCGCUUUCCUAAAAUAUCUCAUGUUCCUGACAUACCAGUCUUAAAGAGAGUAUUUGAAAAAAAUCAUAAACCGACGUACGCUCAGAUAAAGGAACUUUCAAAAACUCUUAAUUUAAGCGAUCGGUCGAUUGAAGCGUGGUUUCGAAAAAGACGUAAUUGCGAAAAGUCUCCAACGAUUGUAAAGUUCGUGGAAUCUGAGUGGAAGCUAUGUUACUAUACUACCAUGUUUUUUUACGGAUUAUUUGCGUUGCACGAUAAGUCCUACUUCUGGGAUGUUAGAGAUACCAUGCUGAAUUAUCCAUAUCAUGUCCUGACCCCAGAAAUUCAUUGGUAUUAUAUGGUACAACUUGGAUACUACACAGCUUCUUUAUUAUGGGUUUUUUAUGAAGUCAAACGAUCGGAUUUCAAAGUUCUUAUUGGUCAUCAUAUUUCAACAGUUUCAUUGUUAACAUUCUCAUAUAUAACAAAUUAUCAUCGAGUUGGUGCUGUUGUUCUCAUACUUCAUGAUAUUGCAGAUUGUUGGAUGGAAGCAGCUAAGAUAUGCAAAUAUGUCAAUAAACAAUUGGCUACUGAGGUGUUAUUUUCUAUUUUUGUACUCGUUUGGAUCGUUACACGAUUAACUUACUUUCCAUUUUGGGUAAUUUGGGCAACUUUUAAAUUUGGUAUCUUUGCAAAUGGUCCAUAUCCAGCUAAUCUUAUUAUGGUUGGAUUUUUAUUAGUUUUACAAAUUUUACAUAUUUAUUGGUUUUGUUUAAUUGUAAAAAUUGCCAUACAAGUCAAAUCAAAUGGACAUCUUGUUAAGGAUUGUCGUAGUGACAGUGAACUCUCCGAUGAAUCCAAUCAAAUAAUGAAAUUAGAUUCAAUUCAAGGAACAAACUGUUACAAUAAUAAUUAUCAUCAUAUAAACCAAACUUCAUUAAAAAGUAAUGAUGAUGUUAGUAUAAAUAGUAAUACUAAUAACACUAGUGAUAUUAUUAACAAUGAUAAGAACUUGAAUCAUGUAUUUCAACGUUCUAAUCAUUGUAUACAGUAAGAUAAAGGAUCCACAUUGAAAAUCUUGUAAACGUUAAAUAUUGAACCAUUUCUUCCUAGCUAUUAUGAAUUAAUCAAGGAAAACUGAAAAGAAACUGUAGUUUUUGUUUUAUAGUUUGCACAUAAAUUGUUUAUUUGCUUACUGACAAUCAGUUCUGUACAUCGAACAGGACACAAAUAUCUCCGUAUAUAUAUAUAUAUAAUUUUAAUCGUGUUUCUACCUUUUUUAAUGUCUUUUCUGUAUUAUUUGUAUUAUGAUCUUUCGUAUUUUGUGUAAUUGUUUGAUUUCU